AUUGGAUUCAGAACCUGAAGAAUCUAUAUUAAAAUCUGGAGAUAUUAUCUAAGGUAGAUUUCGAAUAGGAGAUAUUCUUGGUGAAGGUUCAUUUGGAUCUGUCUUUAAGAUUUAGGACAUUAAAAAUGGAAAUGAAUUAUUAGCAAUUAAAGUAGAAUAAGAAUUAGAAGAAGAGGAGAGUAUGUUGGAAAGAGAAAUCAAGAUUAUGAUUGAAUUAAAGUACAUUAUAUAAAUCUUAAAGUAGGAAGAAACCAGGGUUCCCAUAAAUAUUGUACUAUGGAUAAGAAAAUCAUUUUGUUUAUUACAUCAUGAAUAUGUUAGGACCUAAUCUUGAAAUCACAAGUAAAAAGUGUGGAGGCUCUUUCUCUCUUAUAACCAUGUUCAGAUUAGCUAUUUAGGUAUUAAUAUUAUUCUACUGUUUAGUUUAGAUGCUUGGCAGAAUUGAAACAUUGCAUUCUAUGCGUCUCAUUCAUAGAGACAUCAAACCAGAUAACUUUGUCUUAGGUCUAGGAUAAUAGUAAAACAUAUUACAUCUUAUUGAUUUUGGAUUAUCGAAGUUUUAUUUGAAUUCUAAAGGUCAUCAUAUUAAAUAAUUAAAGAAAAAAGGAUUAAUUGGAACUGCUAGAUAUGCUAGUAUUAAUGCACAUAAUGAACAAGAAUAAAGUAGAAGAGAUGAUCUAGAAAGCAUUGCUUAUAUCUUAAUCUAUCUAGCUACUGGAACAUUACCUUGGAUCAAUCUAAAAAUUUAAUAAAAAGAUCUUAAAUAUGCUAAAAUAUUACAUCUCAAAAAAUCAACACCAAUUUCAAUUUUAUGUUCUAAUUUACCUCAAUGUUUUAUUUCAUUUUUAAAUGCUGUUCGCAAUUUAGAAUUUACUGAAACACCUGAUUAUUCAGCUUAUAAAAAAUUAUUUUAAAAUGAAUUAGAAAAACAUUCAGGUUUACCAUAUUAUGAUUGGGAACUAGUUGGUGAUAACUCAAUAAAAAAGAAAAGCAAUACAAUGCAUAUAAUGCCAGUAAAAUUAAAUUAAAAUAAUUUAAGGAAUAAUUAAAGUAACAUAAUAGCCCAAAUAAUCUACAUAUCAUAAAUAAUAUUGGAUCAAUAAAAAAUAGCAUGAAUUAUGAUAAAGAUUUAAUUAUAGAAAGUAGCGAUGUAGAUAAGAAAUUAAACUUAUAAAUUUCUGGCAAAAAAAUAGAUAAUAAGUAAUUUGAAAGGUUUGAAUAGAUUUUGCAAUAGAAUCAAAAGAAGUAUCAUAAGAUGAGCAGUUCAAAGAGAUAAAACUCUGGAAGAUCUAAAACACCUGUUAUAGUAGAAGUUGUUGAAGCAGAUGUAAUUAAAAUAUGUAAAUAAUUUAGAAAUAGAUUUAAUAACAAUAAUAUGACUAAGUUUAUGAUGAUUUGUAAUUCAUUGUUAAAUCAGCUAUAUAUUUAUAGCCUCCAUCAACUACAAAUAUAAGAAAUUCACCUUCCUAAAUAAAUGCUUAUUAUAUUCCAUCUUUAAACACUUCAUAAGUGAACAAUUAUGAUUGGAGUGAAGGUGAUGAAAUAAGUAAUGAAGGCACUCCUUUGUGGUGUAUGUAUGAUGAAAAAAAAAGACAAAAUUUGAUGACUGGAAUGUAACCUAAAAAAAAGAAUUCUAUUAAACACAUUAGUGUUAGUGCUCUUUAAUAUCCUAUACAAAAUUAAGUAAAAGGAAGUGAUGAAGACAUAUUUGAUAUUGAAUGA